GUCCCUUUCCAGAUCAAAGAGAUUCUGUCCAAAAUUCCGCCUAGAAAUAACGCCUGCAACUUCCAUCAAAUCGCUUAUUCCAUACUCCCUGCACCACUGAAUCCAUCCUCCUUUACUCUUUAAACUUCUUUAGGGUUAUCAGAAAUCACCCACCACCAUAGCCGACCCCAUGACAGACCACCCGCCGCCCUUACUUGACCAGCUUGCGUCUGCAUCCUUAACAGACGAUGGACCGUGUUCCUCCAUCAAAAAAGCUCAAUUCUCUGACAGAGUUCUCAUCCGAGACAUCGUGACUCGGAAAGAUGGCGGCGCCAGCCUCGCCGGCCGGCACGUGCGUAUUGGUGGCUGGGUCAAGACCGGGAGAGAGCAAGGGAGAGGCACAUUUGCGUUCCUCGAGAUUAACGAUGGUUCCUGUCCGGCGAACCUACAGGUUAUCGUGGAUGCUUCUGUAUCGGAUCUGAGCCCGCUCGUUUCCACCGGUACUUGCGUAUCUGUUGAGGGCCUGCUCAAGGUCCCUCCAGAAGGAACCAAACAGAAGAUCGAGCUUCGGGUUGAGAAGGUGCUUCACGUGGGAACGGUUGAUCCGGCUAAGUACCCAAUUCCCAAAACCAAGCUCACUCUUGAGUUCUUAAGAGACGUGCUUCACCUUCGUUCCAGAACUAACACGAUUUCUGCAGUUGCUCGGAUUCGAAAUGCACUUGCUUUUGCCACUCAUAGUUUCUUUCAAGAGCAUGGGUUUCUUUAUGUGCACACUCCAAUUAUCACCACUAGUGAUUGUGAGGGUGCUGGUGAAAUGUUCCAAGUCACGACCUUGAUUAAUGAUGCUGAAAAGCUGGAGAAGGAUCUAAUUAAGAAUCCUCCUCCAUCAGAAGCAGACAUUGAAGCUGCUAAGCUCCUUGUCAAGGAAACAGGAGAAGCUGUUGCCCAGCUGAAAGUUAAUAAAGCAAGCAAGGCAGAUAUCACUGCUUCUGUUGCUGAACUCACAAAAGCAAAGGAGAAUUUCUCAAAGCUUGAGGAGAGGUCUAAGCUUAAGCCUGGUAUUCCUAAGAAAGAUGGGAAGAUUGAUUACUCACAAGAUUUCUUUGCCCGUCAAGCAUUCCUGACAGUUUCUGGGCAACUACAAGUGGAAACAUAUGCCUGUGCUCUUAGCAGUGUCUAUACUUUUGGCCCUACUUUCCGUGCUGAACACUCUCACACUUCAAGGCAUUUGGCAGAAUUUUGGAUGGUGGAGCCUGAACUAGCAUUUGCUGACAUCCAGGAUGACAUGAACUGUGCAGAGGCAUAUGUGAAAUACAUGUGUCAAUGGUUGCUUGAUAAGUGCCUUGAUGAUAUGCAAUUUAUGGCCAAAAAUUAUGACAAGGGUUGCAUUGACCGUUUAAACCUGGUUGCUUCAACUCCAUUUGUACGUAUAACAUACAUGGAAGCAGUGGAACUGCUACUGGAUGCUGUGAAAGGUGGUAAGAAGUUUGAGAACAAAGUUGAAUGGGGGAUUGAUUUAGCAUCUGAGCAUGAAAGAUAUUUGACAGAGGUUAAAUUUCAGAAGCCUGUUAUUGUUUAUAACUAUCCAAAAGAUAUCAAAGCUUUCUACAUGAAGGUCAAUGAUGAUAAAAAGACGGUUGCUGCUAUGGAUAUCCUUGUACCAAAGGUGGGAGAACUGAUUGGUGGCAGCCAAAGGGAAGAACAAUACGAGGUUCUUCGAGAAAGGAUUUUGGAGAUGGGACUGCCUCUAGAGCCUUAUGAGUGGUAUCUUGACCUGCGCCGAUAUGGAACAGUGAAACACAGCGGGUUUGGUCUUGGUUUUGAGCGAAUGAUUCUUUUUGCCACAGGCAUUGACAACAUCAGAGAUGUUAUUCCAUUCCCAAGAUAUCCAGGGAGAGCAGAUCUUUGAUUUCUUUUGCCUAGACAUAUCUAUAGGUUGAAUCUCUUGGUAGUUACAUUGUUAUUACACAUGCCAAUACCCUGUUUUUCUUGAGAUAUAUUUAUUUCCUGUUUAUCUAGUAUCACCCAAGCUAGAAAGGAUGAAGAAAUUAUAUUUGGUAGAAUAUUGGUUGUGUUGGAAGUAGUUCAAAUUCAACUGUUCAUCGAUCUAAGAUUGAUUGGUUCAGACUGAAGAAUUCUGGUUUUUCUAAAGGUUCUUGCAGAACAUUGGAUCAGACUUGGCUGUUCUGUAUGAAUCUGAUCCGGUCCUUUACCUUCUAGCC